ACAAAUUUUGAAUGGGGACAAACUGAAAACGAACAUGAAGUUUUAUCAAAUGAUUGGGUAAGAGUUCACUGUGUAUAGUGAAUGAGAUAAAUGGAAAAGGGAAUUGAGAUUAGCAGGAUUCAGAUUGAGUGUUAUAAUGGUAAAGUGUGCCUUGUUUGUUUGUGGGCAUUUUGUCUUGGUGUUUUUUUAUUUUUUAAAAAAAAAUAGUUGCUCCACUCCACUCAAAGGUUAUGCAUCAUUUUCAGUGAAAUCCUCCUUGUUUGUUUGAAGCAAGUUUGAUGCAGAAUUUAAAACACUACACUAAUUAGUAAAGAACAUUGAGUGUUAUUAUAAAGGAGGAUUUUACUGAAAUAUAGCUAUAUGAAAGCAAUUAUAAAGGAUUUUACAGACUAUAACAUUGAGUGUAUGUGAGGGAGAAGAGCUUCAAAUAGUCAAGUAUGCCUUGUUUGUCUGCAUUUUUUCUCUGUAUUUAGCCAUCUUUAAAAAGGGAAAUCUUAAAGCUUAUGGAAAUUUUGUCCUGGAUCUGAUUUAUCACAAUGUUGCUUGUCUGAAUUUGCACUUCUCUCUUUGUUAUUCUGUUGGGAUUGUCCAUCCAACUUGUUUUAGGCCUUGUGUAUGAAUUGUUGGCAACGCAUAAAGGAGAAACCUGGAAAAAAAAGCUUUGAGGAGGCAUUAUUGGCAGUGGAAGCAGUGAGACCUGUUAUGCUGGUGACUGAUGAAAGCUGCAAGUUAUGGUCUUCGAAGCUCCAAAACUAUGAUUUUCCUUUUCUAAGGUGGCAUGUUUCCUUGGAAUCCUCAGACUCAGAAUUGUCAAAUUCGAAGAAUACACUAACUACUGAAACACUAAGGAAGAAUUUGGUGAAAGAUUCAUCAUUGAAUUACUCAUGGGCACCUGAUGGUGCUGUUCUUAUAUGCUUCACUUCAGGAACCACUGGAAGGCCUAAGGGAGUUAUUAUAAGCCAUUUAAAUUUGAUCGUACAGUCCCUUGCUAAAAUUGCCAUCGUUGGUUACAGUGAGGAUGAUGUGUAUUUGCAUACUGCUCCACUUUGUCAUAUCGGUGGUUUGUCUUCAGCUAUUUCUAUGCUACUCGUUGGAGCUUGUCAUGUCUUCAUGCCUAAGUUUGAAGCCAAAUUAGCCCUUGAGGUCAUACAGCAAUACAAUGUCACUUCUCUAAUCACAGUACCUGCAAUGAUGGCUGAUUUGAGUUCUUCAACAAGGGGAAAGGAUAACUGGAAGGGAGUAGAGAGUGUCAAGAAGAUAUUAAAUGGAGGUGGUGGUUUGUCAAUUGCACUAACCAAAGAAGCUGUCAAAUUAUUUCCAAGAGCUAAGCUUCUCUCAGCAUAUGGAAUGACAGAAGCAUGCUCUUCCCUAACCUUCAUGACCCUGCAUGAUCCAACAGUACACAAAACUGUCGAUAUCUCAAAGACCAUUCCAGCACACAAACAACAAGGUGUCUGUGUUGGAAAGCCAGCUCCCCACAUCGAAGUAAAGAUCCAUUCUGAAGGGUCCUCUCAUGUUGGGAAAAUUUUAACUAGAGGCUCUCAUGUAAUGCUUAGAUAUUGGGAUCAAAGUCCCAAAAAUUCAUCAAGUUCCAUCAACCAAGAUUGGCUUGACACAGGUGAUAUAGGUUAUAUAGAUGAGUAUGGUAAUCUUUGGCUGAUUGGAAGAACAAAAGGUCGAAUCAAGAGUGGAGGGGAGAACAUUUACCCUGAAGAGGUAGAGGCAGUUCUAUCUCAACAUAUAGGAGUACAAGGCGUUGUUACCGUUGGAAUUCCCGACACUCGGCUUACAGAGAUGGUUGUUGCUUGUAUUCAAGUGAGAAGAGAUUGGCAUUGGUCAAAUGGAAGUUUUGAGCACUCAACUGGGACACAAAAGCAAUUCAUAUCUCAUGAGAUUCUACAACAGCAUUGUAGAGAAAGGAAUUUAGCUCGGUUUAAAAUACCUAAGAAAUUCAUGCAUUGGAAUAAGCCAUUUCCUCUCACAACAACUGGAAAAGUAAUAAGAGAACAAGUUAAACAAGAAGUAAUGUCUCAAUUACGAUCUUUAAAUAGUAAUUUUUAAUUGUUAUUAUUCAUAAUUUAAUUCUUUUGAUGUAUUUUGGUAAUCAACCAUCGUGGGUAAUCUCAUAAUCCAAAAAUCAAAUUGAGCCUCA